AUGGCAAAGGCAAUUCCUGAGAUAAUACUGAGCUGCGGUAACGACAUUCUAGCCAUGCCAGUGAUUGGCAUGGGAACUGCAUACCCUGCGGCGGAUCCAGAAACAGACAAGGCUGCGGUUCUUGAAGCCAUUAAAGCCGGCUACCGCCACUUUGACACCGCCUUAGUUUACGGGUCGGAAAAAUAUCUAGGUCAAGCCAUAUCCGAUGCUGUGCGUCUUGGACUCAUCAAGUCCAGGAGUGAGGUGUUCAUCACCACCAAGCUUUUUGCCAGCUUUGCUGAGAAGGAUCUUGUGGUGCCUGCCCUCAACAUGAGUUUAAGGAAUCUGCAACUGGAGUACGUGGAUAUGUACAUAAUUCAUUGGCCCUUCAAAUUUGGGGGAGAGGUGAAGAGUAUGCCUGUUGCAAAAGAGAUGGUGCUACCUCUAGAUUUGAAGUCAGUUUGGGGAGGCAUGGAAGAGUGCAAGAGACUUGGCCUUGCCAGGGGCAUUGGCGUCAGUAAUUUCACUUGCAACAUGCUUCAGGACCUCCUUUCCAUUGCCAAAAUCCCUCCCGUCCUCAACCAAUUGGAGAUGAGCCCAGCUUGGCAGACAAAGAAACUGAAUGACUUCUGUAAGGCAAAGGGUAUCCAUGUUACAGCUUACUCUCCCCUGGGCGGAGCUAACAGUCGAGUAGGAGACGACAGGGUUUUAUGCUCAAACAUCCUCGAAGACAUUGCCAAAGCCAAAGGCAAAACAACUGCUCAGGUAUCGUUGAGGUGGGUUUAUGAGCAAGGGGUGAGCAUGGUAACAAAAAGCAACAACAAGGAAAGAAUGAAGCAGAACGUUGACAUAUUCGAUUGGUCGUUGACUGACGAGGAAUUGGAAAAGAUUAGUCAUUUUCCUCAGCGGAAAGCAGUCACCUUUGCCUCAAUUGUUGGGCCGCAUGAUCUAAUUGUCGACAUUGACGCCCAACUAUGA